GUUAGUUAGUAUGAUGGUAUAUAUCUAUCUACCGUUUUAUGCGGAAAAUCAUUCAACAUUGUCCGGAAUAUGGGUGUUAUAUAUGGCAUAGAAAAUGAAAUCCAACAGUCAACUAGAACCACUUUUGAGUUCCAAUACAGUAACGAGUCCAUCAACAUCGGGUUCAAUGGUUGGGACAUUAAAGAACCAUCAUUGGAAUUACUCAAAUAUAACACAACGGCAUCCAUACUCACGGAUCAUUGUAUUUUUAGCUGCAAUUACAAUAAUAUCAUCAAUGUAUUGUAUACAUAAAUAUAAUAAUGAAUAUAAUACAAUUGUGUUUGUUGCACAGAACACUUAUACAACGACCAAAGACGAUAUCGAAUCUGUUAAUACGAUUUCAGUAGAAAAUAAAGAAUUAUAUGUUGUUUAUAAUAAUAAGUGCCACAUUCCAAAUCUCGAUCCAUUUAACGAAGAUGUGAGGCCGUACAUGAAAAGGAGAGAUUUUACACCAUGCACGAAAUAUGAUCCAUUAACAUAUGUGGAAAAAAUUGGAAAUGAAAGUAUAUUACAUAUUGAUAAUAAUAUGCGAAAAUCGUAUGCACUUUAUGGAAAAUUAGUCUGUUGUUAUUCAGUUGUUCGCAGAGGAAAAGAAAAUGCUAAAUCAAAAAAACCUAUUGAUAAUUCUUAUUUAGUGGAUAAUUGUAUAAAUUUUGAAAAAAGUGCUGUGUUAAAUUCAAGUAUUGAAUUUUUAAUCGUCAAAUGUGACCAGAAAACAAAACGUAAAAAAGAGAAUGUCUACAGUAAUGCACAUACAAUAGUUCCUAUGAAAGAAGAUGUAAGACAAAGAUUAGAUAACUUUAAAGAAAAUGAUAGCGCACAACCAAUCAGCGUUAUAAUGAUUGGAAUUGAUAGCAUAUCACGCCUUAACUUCUAUCGUUCAAUGCCAAAAACUGCAAAUUAUAUUCGAUCCAAAGGAUGGUUUGAGUUACGUGGUUACAAUAAAAUUGAUGACAAUACAUUCCCAAAUGUUAUGGGUAUUUUCACUGGUUAUAAUAAUUCACAAGCGUACACUAUAUGUAAUCCCAAGAAACCUAAUAAAUUAGAUGAAUGUCCUUUAAUUUUAUAUAAAUAUCGUGAUCAUGGUUAUGCAACUGCUUAUGCUGAAGAUGAAGAAACAAUAAAUACAUUUAAUUAUCAUAAAACAGGUUUCAAUCAUCAGCCUACUGAUCAUUAUAUUCGACCAUUAUUCCUUGCAACUCAGAAAUCAUUAAAAAUCAAACGAAUUAAUGGCUUAGACUUUUGUGUUGGGCCUGAAACUAGUGAAGAAAUUGUAUUAAAUUUUGCGAAUCAAUUCAUCGACACAUACAAAAAAGAUCCAUAUUUUGGAUUUUUUUGGAUGAAUAGUUUCAGUCAUAACGAAUUAAAUGAACCAUCGAUGUUAGAUUUUCAAACAAAAUUAUGGUUUGAUAUGGUUGAAAAUACUGGUUUAUUUAAUACGUCCAUUGUAAUAUUCUUAAGUGAUCAUGGAAUACGGUUUGGAGAUUUUAGAGGAACUAAUUCUGGAUGGUUGGAAGAACGCUUACCAUUUAUAUUUAUUUGGUUACCUGAAUGGUUUCGUAAAAAAUUCCCUACAGCUGUUAAAAAUUUAAAAAUGAAUGAAAAUCGAUUUACGACGCCGUAUGAUUUACAUAUAACUUUACAAGAUAUUUUAAUAAAAUCUGGACGUUUAAAACAAAUAACACCAAGUUUAGCGUGUCCAAAAUGUCGAAGUUUAUUUGAUGAAAUUCCAUUUCAUAGAGGUUGUGAAGAUGCGAACAUCAACUUACAUUGGUGUACUUGCUACUGUUUUAAAAAAGUUAGUAAAGAUACAUCUGAUAUUAAGGAAGCCGGAAAAUUAUUUGUGAAUACAAUACAAAAUAUUUUAUCAAAAAAUAAUGAGACACGUUUACUGUGUCAUCAACCUUCUUUAAAGAGAAUCAUGGAUGCUCGUGAGUCACAAUUAGUCACAGCUAACAUCAAGUAUUAUUUAUUAACAAUUGAAAUAAAUCCUAGCGGGAAAUUUGAAGGUACCAUUGCAGAGACAACUGAAAGCAAUGGUCAAAAAUCAUUUGAGUUGAAAGGUGAUAUCAGUCGUAUCGAUAUGUACGGCUCUCAAAGUCAUUGUAUUAACGAUGCAUAUUAUAAAAAAUAUUGUUAUUGUAAAAAGCAAAAACAUUAAGUGCCAAAGAAAUUUUUAGAAGUAGAAAAAUUUUACAUUUGAUUGUACUUUAAAAAAAAUGAGACUGAAGAAUUCAAGUAUGGUUUAUGUUUGUUGCUAAAUGAUAAAAAAAAAUACAAUGUAAGUAUGUUCUUUCCGAAGACUAAAUUGGGUACUAAGCCUUCCAAAAAGACGACAUUUUUUUAAACUUGCAUCCCAUAACUCCUUAUAUCCUUUUCGCAUUAAACCUAUACCCUUUCUCUGGCUCUAGACUAUCUCUGUACCAAAUUUCAUUUUAAUCGGUUUAGUAGUUUAGACGUGAUUGCAUUACAGGCAGACAGAGUUAUUUUCGCAUUAAUAAUAUUCAGUAAGGAUUACAAUUUAUUACAUUUAUGAAAUAAUAAAUACACAAAAAAUCUAAGCAAUACAUUAACUAACAACAGCCCUGUUGAAUUACAAGAUAAAAACGUCCAUUUGGAAGCGCUUUUUAUGCGCAAAAACAGACCUUGUAUUUUUUUUAUCAUUCUGUAAGUCGUCUGAUAAUUCUAUUACACAAAUUAUAAAUAAACUAAAGUUACCAUAAUAGAGUUAUCAGUUAAGCUAUGAAAGAAACACAAUAUGCUUAGUUUAAAUAUUUUACAUAUAAUUUUAUCGCAUUGAGUAUUACAUAUCAUUUAAAUCAGUAUAUACAUACUAUUUUGUUAGUUACUGUUUGAUUCUUAUCGAAGUUUAUUAGUAAACAUCCAAGUUUCAUACUUAUUUCGAAUAAUUUUCAGAUUAUAGUUUUAUGAUUGCCUGCAAAACUUUCGCUUCCUGAAUAAGGUGAGAUGAAAAAUGCAUUCAUCAAAAUAAAAUUCACCCAAUAAAAUACUGCUUAAACGAGGCAAAUUAUCUCGUAAAUAAGGCCGCAGAUCCAAAUUUGAAAAAGAACAUUUUCUUCUUUUUUUUCUCAGCUUAUUCAGAAAGUAAAACUUUCUGCAGACAAUUACAGAACACCCCAUAUAUAAUUCACAAAAUUUUCAUUGGCACAUUCAACAAACUUUUCUCUUUGCUGUCUACCUUCGAAUUAUACACACAUUACACAGUAUCCUCCCUCCGUACAAUUCAUCCUUCCCCCAAUCCAUCCUUUCAUCUCACUAUUUCUUUCUAAUUCCUCAGAUGACAUUUGUCCUUAGAGCUCUAGAAUAAAUACAACCGGUUCCCGAAUUCUAAGCCGAAUAUUUGUAUGCUCUAUUGUCAACGAUAAAAGUUUGCCUUGACGAUUUAUUAUUGAUUUUCUAUCGAUUUCAAACUUUACGGACUACAUUUUACCAAUAAUAUAUUUCAAUAUUAUAUGGGCAGUAUAAAAGUACAAUAUGAAAGUAUAAAUUAUUAAA